GCCAUACGGAAUUGAGUCAGUGAGCAGACAGAGCGCCACACGGAAUUGAUUCAGUGAGCAGACAGAGCGCCACACGGAAUUGAGUCAGUGAGCAGACAGAGCGCCACACGGAAUUGAGUCAGUGAGCAGACAGCGCGCCAGGCUGUGUGGCUGGAGCGGCACUGCAGAGAAUAUACACAGGCUGCGUGUUGUUUUUCCUUCCGCGCGCCAACACCCCGGGAGAAGCCACAACAAAUAGUCCAAACAAAUACGUUUUAGACAGUUAUCAUAGUAAUAUAAGGGCAUCGCAAUUUGUAGCAUACGCAAGAAAGAUGAGUCACGAAUGAGGUCUUCAGGAUGUCGUUCAAGAAGGAGACUCCCCUUGCUAACGCCGUGUUUUGGGCAGCUCGUAAGGGGAACUUGGCCCUGCUUCAAUUACUGCUCAACAGUGGUCGUGUGGAUGCCGACUGCAGAGACAGUUUUGGCACCACAGCCCUGAUGGUGGCGUCCUACAGCGGCCACUAUGACUGUGCCAGGGAGCUGAUCAUGCAGGGAACUGACAUUAACCUGCAGAGAGAGACAGGCUCCACUGCCCUCUUCUUUGCUUCCCAGCAGGGACACAAUGAAGUAGUGAAGCUGCUCUUUGAAUUUGGUGGCUCAACUGAAUUCCAGACAAAGGACGGUGGCACAGCCCUCUCUGCAGCCUGCCAGUAUGGCCACUCUAAGGUGGUGGACACUCUGCUAAAGAACGGCGCCAAUGUCCAUGAUCAGCUGCAUGAUGGUGCCACUCCACUCUUCCUUGCUUCCCAGGAGGGUCAUGUGACUGUCAUACGUCAACUUCUGUCAUCUGGAGCCAAAGUUAACCACCCUAGGGAAGAUGGCACAGCCCCCCUGUGGAUGGCAGCCCAGAUGGGACACAGUGAAGUAGUGAAGGUUUUACUUCUGCGUGGUGCAGAUCGGGAUGCUGACAGAAAAGACGGGUCAACUGCACUAUUCAAGGCAGCUUUCAAAGGACACAACGCUGUCAUUGAGGAGCUCCUCAGGUUCUCCCCUUCAUUGGGCCUUCUCAAGAAUGGUUCCACAGCCCUCCACGCUGCUGUCAUGGGUGACAAUCAUAAAAGUGUAAACCUUCUGCUGGGGGCCAACGCAGACCCCACACUACCCAACAAGGACAAUGAACUGCCAGCAGAUCUUACAAAGAGCAAUCGCAUCCUGAGGGCUCUGCGACCGCACAUCUCAAAUGGAAGUAGUUGAUGACAACCCUAGUUGUCCAUGGUUAGACCAUGACCGCAAACCUUAGACUAUGGUUGUUUUAUGGAGAGAAAUGCACUGAGGGCUCCGAACUACAGAGAACAAACCAACAGGAUUCAGUCACACAACAAUAAUAUUAAUAUGGUGCUUGUUUUCAAGUGCAGCUUCAGACAAUGUUAUUUGGAGUAACCAUAACUGGAUAUAGCUAAAAGGAUGGUUAUAUAUGUAGCCUACUACAAAAAUGCAUCCGUUUGUGGCAAUAGUUAUUAUGCCAUGUGUGCCCUUACCUUUGAGGUGUUAUAACUUUGCUGUAUAGAUUCUGUUUAUAAAGUGUUUUAUCCCUGGUGCUGUAAUAUUUCUAAAUAUUUAGCCUUUUUUUCUUCCGUAUUAAUAAAUGUAAACUGUAAAUGUGUUAAAUAAAAUAGGAAUGUGAAAUAACUGUCA